GUCUCCUCCCGGUUUUCCUGGCAUGACCUUUUCCCUUGGCAACCACUUCCUCCGAGCAUCUACGGCCAUCUUUAAUUUUAACUCAUUCAUGAAAAGUUGUUUCGCUCAUGUAAACAACGCCGACCGACACGUUUGCGCGAAGCAUCGUCGACGGCGUUGUGUGCAUGUAGUUGCCGGCGACAAGCUCCAAACAGAGCAGAGCAGAGCAGAGCAGCACCGCAGCAGGCUGUCCGCCGAGAUUAAGUAAACACCGACGGCGUACGUGCAUAUUGUUCUUGCGCAUCACGCAGGAUGAGGAAGAAGCAGACUGCCAAGCAGAGGAAGACUGAGGAGACCGCAGUUGUCCAGGAGUUUGUGGUGGAAAAAAUAAUUCGCCGCAGAAUUUUUAAUGGAAGAGUGGAGUACUUCCUGAAGUGGAAAGGCUUCACUGAUGCAGAAAACACAUGGGAACCCGAGGACAAUCUGGACUGUCCUGAACUCAUCGAAGAGUUCCUGAGAAACGCCCAGUUCUCAGAGGAGAUUGAGGAAGAGGGCACAGCACAAGAGUUAAUUCCCAAAGAAGAAAUGACAGAGCAAGAGACGGAAAUUUCCUGUAUGCACUCUCAGCAGCAAGUUCGCACCAUGCAGAGCGACAGCGGCGUCCUCGAGCCAAAUGAUGAGCAUUCGGACGCCCCCGCUAACCUCGGCACUUACCUCGAGCCUGAAUGCAUCAUCGGAUCCACAGACAGACAGGGAGAGCUCAUGUUCCUAGUCAAAUGGAAGAACUCCGACGAUGUGGCCCUCCUGCCGGCGCGUGAAGCCAGCGCCAGGUGUCCCCAGAUGGUCAUCGACUUCUACGAGCAGAAGCUGACAUGGCACUGCGGGGACGAGGAGCAGUGAAGAGUGUGUGUGUGUGUGUGUUGUGUACAGAGGUGAACUGAUAAACAGCUGUGCUCUUGUCUGAAGCUUAGUUUAACCUCCAUCGAGUGUCCUCCUUCAGCUGACAUUAGAGGCACACUGUGUGAAAUUACACCCCGCUGCAGGUCCGCUUCCACAUUCUGGCAGGUGCAAGAUCCUCGGCAGGGAUGGAUUUGAGGUGCUCUCGGUCUCAUGGUGCUCAAUGAGGUCUCUGUACCUUUUCUGGAGACUGCGAUGGAGACUAAAACUAACCUUUGAGUGUAGCAGCUGACUUUAGGUCAGACUAACCUGUAGCAGCUUUGGUCUUGUGUAAGCAGACACAAUCACUGUGGACAUGUGUUUUAUUUGAUUGUUAAACAGUAAUUAAGUAUUUUUAGUUGACGUACAAGGACCCUGGUUGUUUAUUGUGUGCUCGGCACUAUGUAGACAGAGUGAACUAACUGCUGUCCAAUCCGUACCUCCAGUUCAUGUAGCUCGUAGUAAGCGCUGAAGAUUGUACAUCUGUUGUUCGAACGUUUUGAUUGUUUGAACUUGUAUUUUGUGAGGUGUUUAUAACUACUGUGUCUCUGUAUGACCCUUGUGGUUGAGGUGAAAUGUUUAAAAAAAAAAAAAAAAAAGUUGCCCACUAGAAAAGUCCCAGCAUUUCCAAUCAGCUGCUAAGUACCAACUAUUCUCCCCCCCUCUGUAUCAAAUCAUAACAAGAAUAUCCUCGAAAGAUCAUAUUAUUUAUGAAGUAAAUCUACUGAGAUUGACCUACAUUGAAAAUAGCUUCUGUGCACACGUGAUGGCAGAUGAGAUUGUUAAAUGUAGCACUUUAGACAUGAGGCUGUCCAGUUAUGCAGGGCAUUACCUUCCCGUUGCGUGACACCUGUAUCCCGAUGGCUUGGUCCUGACUCGACAUAUCUCCCAUGACUGUUAUGGGACCCUAAGCUGAACCUUAAACCUCCUAAAACACACCUGCUACUGAAUUAGUGUAACUGUUGACCAUGAAUCUGUGAAGUCUCUGUGAAUAAACCUUUUGUGAAGCUUUU